ACGAUACUUGAAAGAUAACGAUCAGAGCUCCGCAGCGUUGAUAGGGAAGCGACAGCGGGCCAUCUGCACGCGCAACGUCAGACUUCUUCCUUCUAUAGCUUGUACAAUCAGCAUAUAAUAUCAAUAGGCUUGUGACAUAUCUUUGAGGUUCUGUGCGGGCCUGCGGGCUUGCCGGCAGAAAGAUGGAGGAGAGCAGCAACAAUGAAGUUAGCCUUAGCAUUGAGGAGACGAACAAGCUCCGCAUUUCUCUGGGCUUGAAGCCGCUGCGCCUGGACUCUGAGCCGAGCCAGGCUAACAAGGAGCGGCAGAACCAUGAGGCGAAAAAGCAGCAGGAGGCAGCAGCGCAGGCGCAGGAGCUUCGGAAAAAGCUGGAGGCUGCCCGCGAGAAGCGGCUAAUGGACGCCAAGCUCAAGGCCACGAAGACGCUGGGCGCCGCGGACGGCGACGACGGCGACGGCGACAUGGCGGCCUGGGUGGAGAAGAACCGGCGGCUGGAGCAGCAGCGGCGGGAGGAGGCGGCGGCAAAGGCGGCGGCGGCGGCGGAUAAGGCGGCGGCAGCGAGGAACAAGCGCAAGAAGCGGGACGAUGAGGACGACGAGGAGGGCGGCUACAAAGCAGACCAGCUGGCCGGGCUCAAGGUCCGUCACGACCUGGGUGAGGUGAUGGAGGGCGAGACGGUGAUUGUGACGCUGGCGGACAAGUCGCUGCUGGACGAGCAGGGUAACCUGCGCGAGGGCGACAGCGGCGACGAGCUGGAGAACACAUUGCUGGCGGAGGAGAAGCGGCGGCGCAAGGCCAUGAAGGCUUCCAAGAAGGAGGCCAAGCCGCUAUGGGAGGAGGACGGCAAGGUGCGCACCAUCCUGGACAAGUACGACGAGGAGGAGGAGGAGGUGGUGGUGGCCAUCGGCAGCGGCGGCCAGCUGGAGGCGGACCGCAUCCGGCGGCAGCAGGACAUGCGGAAGAAGCUGGCGGAGGGCAACGCCAAGCUAGCCACCUUUGACGACUCCGGCGCGGCUGCCGGCGCGGCCGGCGGCGACUAUUUCACUGCGGCGGAGAUGGCUGCGUUCAGCAAGCCCAAGAAGAAGAAGGAGAAGAAGGAGCGGCGCAUCCGGGCCAGGAGCGUGGAGCCGGAGCCGGAGGGGGACAUCCUGGCAACGCUGGAGGCUCAGGCGGAGGAGGCGGGUGGCGCCGCCGCCGACCUGGGGCGCCGCGCCGACCGCGGCGCGCAGCUGGCGGCCGCAGAGGAGGCGGCCACGGCGGCUGCCGAGCAGAAGCGCGCACGCUUUGAGGCCGCGGUUCAGAAGGCCAACUGGGCCUCUCAGUUCCUGCGCAACGCCAAGGGCGGAAUGGCGGGCGCCGCCGCCGCGGCCGGCGGUGGUAAAGGCGCCGCGAUUGGCGAGGAGGAUGAGGAGGCGGACCGCGAGCUGCGGGAUUCGCUGGAGCGUGCGCGGCGGAUGGCGGAGAAGAAGAAGCGCGAGGAGGAGGAGGAGGCAGCGCGGAAGGCGGAGGCGGCGGAGGCGGAGGCGGCGGGGCCCGGGGAGGACAUGGAUGUGGAGGGCGAGGAGAAGAAGGAGCGCAAGCCGGCGGCGCCAAAGUCAGGGAUAGCUGCGCUGUUUGCGGACAUUGCGGCGGUGAAGAAGGAGCCGGAGGCGGCGGGCGGCGGCGGCGGCGCGGUGCUGACGGAGACCAUGGAGUUCGUGCGCAACAUCACGGCGGCGCCCUCCAAAGCAGCCGCCAACGCCGCCAAGGCCGCCAAUGGCGCCGCCAGCCCAGCGCCGCGCGACGGCGCCGCCUCCGUCGGCGGCUCCGCCGGCGCCCGCGGCGCCUACGCCGACGGCGACGGCUCCGACCUGGAUGACGACGACGGCGCCGGCGACGCCAAGAUGGGCGAGUCGGGCGGCGGCACCUGGGUGGCGGCGGCGGACGGCGGCGGCGGCGAGGGCAAGGCCGGGCGCGAGGGCAGUGCGGGGCCGGCGGGCGGGCGCGGCGGCAGCCGCGAGCGCAGCGCGCCGCCGGAGGACGGCGUGGGCAUCACCGGGGAGCGGGCGGUGGGGCGCGGCCUGGCGGGGGCGUUGGGUCUGCUGCAAGACAAGGGCGCGCUCAAGCCCGGUGUGGAGUGGAGCGGCCGCAACACGGACCGCAGCAAGAACGCGCUGCAGGGCCUGGACGACGUGUACACGGGCGGGCGGCAGGUGGACCGUGUGGCCCGCAGCGUGGAGGCGGCGCUGACGGUGAAGGACAGGUUCGGCCGCGUGCUGACGCCCAAGGAGCGCUUCAGGCAGCUGUGCCACUCCUUCCACGGUAUCAAGCCCAGCAAGAACCAGGUGGACAAGGCGGCGGCGCGCGACGCCAAGGAGCUGGCCAUCAAGAAGGCCGCCACCUCAGAGGACCCCAGCGCCGAGCUGGAUCGGCUGCGCGCCGUGCAGCGCGCCACCGGCAGCGCCUACGUGGUGCUCAGCGGCAAGAACGCCGGGCUGCCGGCCAUGGCGGCGGGAGGAGGCGGCGGAGGCGGGGACAGCGAUGACGAGGACACGGGGCGGCGGGGCGGCGGCGGCGGCGGCGGUGGGCGCAUGAAGCCGCCGGCUCCACGACCACCGGGCAGCAAGGGCGGGCCGCCAGCGGGCGGGCCUGCCUUCCCGCUGAGCGGUGCGCGCGGCACCAUUGGCAACUUGACGCCGCUGCUGGGCGACCGCAAGGUGGAGGCCAUGUUGGGCAUCAGGAAGCCAGGCAACAAGUAGGGGGAGCUGGUGAUGAGCGAUGAGUUGGUGGUGUGAUUGAUGGUGUGGGCUAGAGCGGUGGUGGCGUAGGCGGCAGGGGCUGGCGGUGGUGGCUGCGAGUGGCUGCUGUGGGCGCAGGAAGGGGUAGCCGAUGGCGCGCGGCUUGUGUGCGGCCAAAGCUGCCAUAGCUGCAGGUAUGGCACUGGUUGCAUCCCUGGCGGGAGCUUACAGGAGCCCGUGUUAAGGGUUGGUGCGUGUUGCGCGGAGGUCAGGGGCCGUCCAUGCUGGGGAAGUUCAUCCGUCGCGGUGAGCGCUUCCAGCGUGUUGUAAAGCUCAGUGUAC